AUGAAGCACCUGUUAUUUCUGGGUUUUGCAUUUGCUGCUUUCUACAUCGUCCAUUCGAAUCCUCCAGAUUUCUGUCAAUUGAGCUCCGAUGGAGGUGAAGGGUCAAGCUUUACCUUUUCUUUUUUUUAUGACCCGCUCAAAGACCGGUGCAAUCCUUUCAUAUACAAAGGCGAAGGAGGAAAUGGCAACCGUUUUGGAAAUGAAAAAGAGUGCAUAAGAAACUGUUCGGUCAAUGCAGAGAAAACCUACCCCAUGGAUGCGUCCCAAGCUUGCCGCUUUAAACAUGCCAUAGGUGAAUGCAGUGGUCUGUUUUUGAGAUACUACUACGAUUCUGUUCAUGACAAAUGCAAGAAGUUCCUCUGGUCUGGAUGCAUUGGAAACGGAAACCGUUUUAAUGAGCAAGGGAGCUGCAACGCCACCUGCGCUGGCAUCCACGAUGACGGUGAGGAAGAAGAGGAAGAGGAGCCAGACACUCCUAUUGCCAUCAUCUGUGGAGUUCUGCUUUCGGUCAUUAUUGCCGCCAUCUUCAUCACAGUGAUUGUCUUGACCGUUCAGUCAAAGAAAAAGAGCCCCAAAACGAAGGCACAAAGGAAAAGUAAAGAGCCCAAGCCGAGCUCACCUCUUCAGGAUCAGGGGAUUGAAAUGGCAUAGAACAUUAUUACCCCUUGAUGGCAACAUGUAUCAGCUUGGUUGUGUUUUAUAACUCUACUAAUCUUGAUUGCAAACAUAACGAAUUCCAACUUUUAAGUUCAAUUUAGAUUUUUUUUUACUGACAUAUAGAAAAGCCAUCACAAUUGUGUUCUAUUUCAUGUUUUGUUUCACCCACAACAUGUGCACAAUGAUGUAUCUUAAGCUGUGUUAUUUCCUGGGAACUUUAUACUGUACUUUCAUUUUCAAUACAUGUGAUAAUCAAAUUAAAACACAGCUGCAGCGAUUAUUAAAUUAAUUGAUCAGUUAAAUCACAUGAAGAUAUUUGAAUAAUUGAUUAAUCAUUGAAGUCCUUUUUUCAGGAAGAAUGACAACAGUUUAUUUUGUUCCAGCGAUUUCCUGCUUUGCUUUGCCUAAUGUGAUCCAAUACAGAAUAUAUUUGAGUUGGCCGGACAAAACUAUUUGGGAUUGAGGAAAUUGUGAGAGACUAAUCUUUCAAAUGUUAUAGACCAAAUUCAUUGACAAAACAUUAAGCACAUCAGAUAUCAAUUAGAUUGAUUUGUUAAGUAGUGCCCUCAUAAGUUUUGAGAAAUAUUUCCAUUAGAAGCAAGUCAGUAUUUGUUUAAUGAUAAUAUCUCAAGAAUAAACAGGAGAGCAGAAUUGCUUCAUUCCUAGUUUAGGAACUCAUCUGCUUACCUCAAAUGCUUUCUAACGAUGAAGUCUUGGAAGCAUUUUGAUGUUUCCAAACAAUAACUGCAUCAUCACCUGGCUUUAAGAUUUUCUGAAAACGAUCUCAAGUCUUGUGAAGGUGCACAUGCCAAUUCUAAACCCAAGACAUACAAGGUGUUUUUGAGAAGUGCAUGCCCACUGCAUUCUCUGUUAUUAUGUUUUCUGGCUCAGCAUUUUUGUAGCUUCUGUCUCCUUUUCCUAAAAUGUGUGCUGUUUUAUCAAAUGUUUAUGCUUGUGCCUUGUAUUUGGAAUAUUAAAGCAGUUUUGUAUAAGACUCA